ACCGAGGGCAGGUUGUUCAGUCCUGUUCAAAUUUUGCUCUAGCUACUACCGAAUCUCUGAGUUUAAGUGAUUAUCAUUGUCAAUUUAGUUAAUUUGUAGAUUAUUCUAGUGAUUUGUGUUGGAUUUAGUGAAAUACUAUGGCAGGAACAGUGUUGAAACCCUUGAAAACUCUACCGGUCUACAUUGUAGAGGACCAUCAUGAGGUUAUCCCAUUCAUCUACAAACACAUCGGCUCCAAACAUCUCCUACUGGAAAACAACAUUCUGAUCCAUUUCGACUCUCAUCCGGACAUGUUGAUCCCAAAAAACAUGGCCGCCUCCACUGUUUUCGACAAAUACGAACUUUUCUCCCGGCUCAGCAUUGAGAACUGGAUAAUGCCUGCCGCCUAUGCUGGCCAUUUCACUAGAAUCGUUUGGUGUAAGCCAUUUUGGGCCGAACAAUUGAAAACUGGUUGUUUCAGGUUCAAGAUCGGUGAAGAUAUAGAUACGGGUGAUAUCAAAGUGAGCUGUAUGGAACCGUAUUUCUUUGGGGACGCCCUCUAUGCGGAUGAAAAAAACUUGAAAAACAGUCGAGAAAUCAUUGUUUAUGUCUGUGUUUUUGGUAGAUAUCUACAGGAAGACAACCCUUUGGUAUGCUCUCAAGAACUUGAUGAGUUCAAAACAGUUUUAGAGUUGUUAUCGAUUACAAACCAACCCAUAAUUUUGGACGUGGAUCUUGAUUUUUUCAGCACACGCAACCCUUUCAAACAUCUCUACCCCAACGCUGAUUUGUACCCCAAAUUGAAAGUAAUUUACAAGUUUGACUAUGGGUUUGAUAGGUUGAAGAUUAACGAGGCUCUAGUCAAACGUCAAACCCAGCUAGGAGUUCUGAAAUCAGCCUGGAAACAUCUAGAAACAAACCCCGAUUUGACCGGGUUCGAGCCCGAAACGUCGGUUUACGACCGGGAACUAAAGUUGUUAGAGGAGCUGAGUUUUGAGGUUAGGAAGUGCUACACCGACAUCGACUGGGAACUGGUGCACGAUGCCGGGUGCACCUUCGACGAGAGCGGACUCCCAGAGCACGUGUCCACGCGUGACGAGAUGGAGCGGCUGGUGAGGAAUUCGUUUGACGGCGUUCUGGGAUGUCUACCGGUGCAACCAACUGUUGUAACCGUGUCUAGAUCUAGUGAAGACGACUACUGUCCGCCGGAGGAUGUCGACUGGAUCCAGGAGCGGGUGGUGGAGAGCUUGAGGAGGGCGUGGUCGACGACGGUUGAGCUGGUCGAACAGUACCUGGAGGAGGAGGAUGAGGAGGAGGAAGAAGAAGAGGUGGUGAAGGAGGAGGAGGAGGAAAAGAAGGAGCAGGAUGAAGAGAAGAAGAACUAGGAGAAUGAGGAGAAGAAGGAGGAGGGUGAUCAGGGGAAGACAGUUAGGAGAGAAGGAGAAGAGGAAGAAGAAGGAGGCAGGAGAAGAAGAAGAAGACAGGAGAAAAAGAAGAAGAGAGUAGAAAAAGAAGAAAAACAGGAAGGACAGUUAAAACGAAUUAUUGACAGACUACCUAUUAUUAUUAUUUUAUUGAAAUAGUAUCUUAAUCAUGUUGUGUUAAAGUUUGUAAGUCGCUAAGUUUAUUCAUGGUGAGUUGGAGGUGACAUUUGAAAGGAGUUAAAUAUCAGAAGAAACUCAAUAAACUCUAUAGACUACAAUAACCUAUCAUACGUACUUUAAUAGAUAAUUCAAGAAAAUAUAUCAACGAAUUUUCAUGUAUCAACAAUAUUUGCGCAAAAGCUUGUUAGAUUUUAAUCUUGAUUAUAUAUGGCACGAAAACCAAUCACUGAAGAUUUUUGAAGGCUCCUCUGAUUGGCUCUCGUGGUACUUGAUCACGGUUAGAGUUUAACAGGCAUUUGUGCAACUAACCCCUAUAGUGAGGUCCACGUUAUAAUGGUAGUGUUUGAUUAGCAAAUGGUAUUGGCAUUAUCAUUCAAAAAAGCGGAUAGCGCGCUCUGUUGCAAGAUCGUCUUUUAACAAUGUUGAAUUAAUAAUUAAUAAAAAAUUUUACAACUCAAUCAUGAAAGUUUAUUAUUAAAUUAUUGAAAAAUAUAAUAUUUAUUGCUUAUUACAACAUAUUUGAUUAUUUUAAACGAGAAUGAACAGUUGAUAUUACAUCAAUAAACCUGUAUCAGAUACCGUCUAUAGAAGGCAUUGACAAGACGGAGGAUCGGCAACGUUGUCUGCUAUCUUUCUCCACUGCCAUUAUAAGUUGGACCGCACUAUAGUAUUUUUUAUUCAAUGACAAUGCAAAGACGAAAAUAUCCCAAAAACUAUUCAAAUCAAUCUCAAAACACAAGUUUAAUUUUGUAAUCUAGCUUCAAAACUUCUUUAUUCUAUAAUAAGAAAACAAAGAUAUUGUCAAAUUUCACUAAAAAUUUAUUAAAAACUUUAAAACAGAACCAUGGUUUCACGUAGUUAACCAAUGCAUCAUCAGCUGUACUGAGGAAUUUAU